AUGAUGCGUCAAUACGGAGUCGAUAAAGCACCAGCAAAGGCAGAGGACGCUUUCCGGCUCACAGCCUAUAACAUCGAAAAUCUCUUUGAUACGCAUGACGAUCCGUCAUUGACCGGACGCAACGAUGAUGCGGACGAAGCGAAGCCUCAGCACGAACUCGUCGCGACUGCGAUGGCGAUCCGUGCUGUCAAUGCGGAUGUGCUGUGCUUUCAGGAGAUCGAAUCCGAAGCGGCAUUGAUCGAGUACCGUGACAACUAUUUGUCCGAUUUGGGAUACGAGUAUGUCGUAUCGAUUGACGCCGGGAAUGAUCGAGGCAUCGAGAACGCGGUGCUCUCGCGUUAUCCCAUCACGAACGCGAAGAACUGGCCGAAGAAACCACUCGGGGGUGUGCAUCCAGAAAAAUACGGCACCCAAAAGAACUGGUACGCCGGUGAACCGAUCGAGUUUCGCCGUUCACCGCUGAUGGUGGAUCUUGAGAUCCCAUCAGCAGAUGGGAGCGAUUCAUGGGCACUCACGCUCUUUGUGAUGCACCACAAAUCGGGACGCUUCAACACCUACUGGCGCGAAGCCGAAGCGACCGGCACCCUCGAACUCAUCAACAAGGUCACCAAGGCUCACCCUGAUCGCGCGAUUGUGGUGCUCGGAGAUUUCAACGCCGAGGUGACGGACAAAUCAGUGCAAACCUAUCUUGACGCAGGAUUUGUGGAUAUCUUCGCGGAUCGAAAGUCCAAAUCUGAAAUCAUCACCCACGAAUCGGGACGCCGGAUCGACCUCAUUCUUGCCAAUAAAGCCGCGCUGGAGCAUAUGGAUACGGAUUCCGCGUUCGUCUACGGCACCGCAGCACGCCCUGAGGGGACGAACUGGCGGGAUCUGGAGACCUUCGACGGAUACGCCGCGGAUCACUAUCCAGUGAGUGUGGACAUCAGACGCAUGAGUGACAUCAAACCCUGGCAAAUCAUUCUGAUCAUCGCAGCAGUCGUGGUCCUCGCGUUCUCUGGAUGGAGAAUGAUGUCCGCAGGCUCGAUCGAUCAACCAGAUGGACACAUGACAGUGGAUGUCAUGACGGGGCAGCUUUACCUCGUCCGGAAAGGCAAAGCGAAAGGCAUUGUCUAUCCAUCCACAAAUCCAGACACCGGCGAUCGCACACUGAUCCCUGUCAGCCAAGACGAAGAAUCUGGAGUCUGGAAACUCGACGAGCGAUUCAUGGAUCGAAUCACAGACGACAUGAGAAGUCAAUCCAAAGCACUCGGGAGUGGCUCCAGAGUCACAGUGUUAGACACCGAUCCGAUUGUGCAUGUACUGAAGAAAUAA